CGUAAUCAAAUUCUGCCCUAUCGCUAACUUUGGAGGCUUUCUUGAGCCGCAACAACACGGAAACCAGGGAAACGUCUCGUCGCGUUCUUGUUUUGUAUCAGUUAUCGCACUUUGUGAAGUCACUGGGCUGCUUUCUACUUCUUUACAACGUGUCCGUCAACACUUUUGUUUCAGUACUCGAGUUACAUCGUUUUUACGUUUGUUGACCAGACGCUACGUGACCGACGUUAGCUAGUUUACCCGCGAGGGGCCAACUUUAGCCAACUCUAUCCGUCACGUGACUGUACUUCACCAGCAGAAGAUCCUCAUGCGUCCAAGUGUCGCUCAUGGAGGUCACUCCUAAAGCCGCCGGAUCAAACCCCCUGAUUCAUUCACCUCCCCAUUCGGCAGAGGCGAGCCCCCGUGCGCACAAAGAGGAGAAGGUAGGAAGGAGUGCAAUUUGCUUUGCACGUCAACGUUAUCUAACAUCCCGUCAAAACAAACGCAAGCUGACAUCUCCUCCGCAGCAUCACCAGAAGCUGAGCUCCUCCCUGAGGGAGAGGCUGAAGAGAUCGAGGCGCUCCUUCACCUCGCCCCCCUCCUCUGUUGCCAAACGCCUGUGUGUUGAUGAGAAGGUGGAGGACAAGAAUGGCCAACAAGUUUCAGCAGAUUCCCUGGAGACUGUUAAGUACCCUUCAUCGACCUUGCCCGAUGUUGACGUAAACAGAAACGAGAAGUCAGGGAGCGAGAGUUUUUCUGGACCCAUUUCCGAACCGACGUGUCAUCCUUCCAAAGACUUCACACAAGAGCGAGACCGCUUGAGGAGGGAGGUGAAAGACAAGAUGGAGACGCUGCGCCGGCUCAAGAUGGUUAAGAUGUACCGGAACAAGAAUGAUUUGACGCAGCUCCAGACCCUGGUUGACAAGUGGCGGAGCUGUGCUCAGGCUGCACUGUACGAGCUGAUGUCAGACGUCCCCAUCGAGGGAGGAAAGGCCAGCCUGUCGGCGCUCAUUGACCUCUUCGGUCUGGAUGACGCCAUUCUGCACUUUGACCGCGCGGAAGAGGACUUUACUACCUAAAAAAAACAAAACAUAUACCCGCUGAAGCCAUCGCAUCAGAGUUAACCGUUUAUUUGUUGCUCCUACAGCAGUUUACUCGUUGACAGAAGUGUAAAUGAGGCCUCGCUCAGUCGUGUUUCAGCUGAUCCAGUGACGGAAAGUUCUUCAUCCUCAGGCGCUCGACUUCGGCCCAGAGGGAAGCCAGCUCUUCCGCCUGCGCUCUGGCACAGGCCUCCAGGUUACUCCUCAGAAGGAUUUCCUGGUAGCGCUCCUCUGUCUUAGCUGCUUGAUUAUCCUGUGAAGCUAAACACCAAACAGGUCACACUAUCAGUCAGAAGAGGUUUCCGAAAUCUCCCUUAGCGAUGAGCCGAAAGUCUCGUUUUAUUACCUAUGGCUUCAUAGAUGUGCGUCCUCUCUGCCACAGUCACCUGCAUAUCGGGCAGCUGCUGUUUAACAGUUGCGUUCUCCUUGGCUUUCUCUGCCGCCUGCCUGUUGAGCUGUUCAAUCUUUUUCAUGCGCUGCUUCACACUUUUUAGAUGAGCCUAAUUAGAUGAUCAAAUGUACAUUAGUUCAAGUCGGUAACGUAAAAUACACAACACGGACGCGAUUGAUGAGAUCAUAUUGUUACUUUUUUGUUACCUUUUCCUGAAAAGCUAAAGUUUUCUCCAGGAUAGAAACUUGCUUGGACACCCGGCUGUCUCGACCCGUCUUGUUGAGGUACUGGGGGGGGAAAGGCGACUAAAGUGACUAAUAAAGCAAAAAAGAACAGCCGAUGUGAUUCGCAUUAGUUUCUACUCUAAAACCAAAAUGGGCAAAAAUUCAAAAUAUUUUAUGGAUGUUAAGGCUUCAGGGGCCUAAACAAUGACAGGAAGCUGCUUGCCACAGCAGAGCUACCUGAGGAAACUGGCAUCUGGGCCUGGAAACAUGUUCGGCGUGUGCGAUGCUCAUUAACUUGUCGAAAAAAAGACGACGGGUGACUCAUUUGUUCUUUCUGUAUUUUUUUGUUAUCCAACCACCACCUUCCUAUAUAUUUUUUUUAAUCACAAAGUUAUGAAAGAACCUUUUUGUAAUGUUUAUGAAAUGGUCUUUGGUGAGCAGCUUUUGUUUUUUCUGUUUUUGAUUAAACUGCCCUGCAUUGGAUUGACGUGUAGCGGAUUGAAGCACA